GGGUGCGCUAAGGUGACAGGGACCACCAGCAGGCAACGCACGCGUGACACGGGGAAAUAACGUAAAAGCGACGUCCUUGAGUGAGUGGAAAGCACUGCAGAGGAAGAAUAAGGAUGGGGAAGAUUAAAGUAUGGAGCGUAGUGAAGAGCGUCUGAUUGCGAAACCGUGAAGAAGCCGAAGCAGGUAUUGGUCCAAUCUGACAUUCCACCAUGGAGUCGGCUCACCUUCUGGGCACCUCUAAGAAAAGAGUAAAGAUCCACCCGCACACAGUGACUGCUCAGUAUGCCACCCGCACCCCCUAUUCCCCCCAACCGGGCAUCCACACCCACUUCCCCCAACCCGGAGAUGAGGGCUAUGAUGACGCGCCAUCCUUCGAGGACUUUGGAUCUUUCCUAGAAGAGACAUCGGACAAAAAGCGUUUAACAGAAGGCAAGAAAUGGCCACUGACUUUAUUUACCUCAAAGGACAAAGACAGCACCCCGAAAUCUGCAUCUGCGGCAGGGACCAGUGGAGAGGGUGGGGAUGGUAAAGCACCCAAGGGAUCCUCUAGUAAAGGCGUCGGGGAGCAGCUGGCUAGUUUUGGAGAAGCUUCAGUGUCUGCUUCACGGAUGACGUGGGUGGGCUUACUUGGAGCAGGGUUAGCGCAUGGUGUUCUCAUUGUCCUAACUAGGGUUGCUUCUGAACAAUUCAAACUAGGUCCACUAUUUUUGCUCUUAGUGCGAUCGGUCUUUCAACUCAUUUCUGUUGCAGUCCCACUACAAAAAGGUGAAAAUCCAUUCGGACCAAGCGGCUACCGGCUUCAUCUUAUCUUUUAUGGUAUUGCGUACUCACUCUCUCUAUGUUGCGCUUACUCCUCUUUGACUUUUAUCUCCAAUGGCAACGCUACGACAACAUGGCGACUCACAACCACCGCCCUUUCCGCCAUCCUCGCGUUUUUGCUCCUCGAAGAACGCUUAGGUUUGAUGGACGGGAUCUCGAUCAUCGCUGGACUUUUCGGAUUGGGCCUAGUCUUGCUUCCUACGGUUGACGAAUACAACGUGGACAAACCUUCAGACCCUGUUGCGUUUUGGAAAGGGGCAUUUGGUUGGUCGCUGUCUGCACUUGCGGGACUGUGGAUGGCCCUAGCACUAGUCGGAUACCGAUCUCUAAAGGAAAAAAUUGGCGUAGGAACUGCCCUCUUCACGGUCAGUUGGACAGGCUGUCUUCUAUCUCCAGCUACUCUGGCUCUGCUCCAGGAGGGGUGGUCUUGGCCGACGAGUGCCCAAGCUUGGGGUCUCAUCUUGGGACUGGUUGCUUGCUCCGUCGCUGCCUUCUUAGGAAUGACCCACGCCCUCACCCGCCUUCACCCCGCCAUAGUCUCGGCUUCUCAAACUGUGGAGGUGCCCCUUGCCAUGCUCCUGUACCUUGCCGUACUGCCAGAAGCGCCCUCCGCACUCGAAAUCAUCGGGGAGGUUUUUAUUUUGAUCAGUGUGAGCUGGAUGGUGGCGAUGAAGUUGUUACCAUCCAGAGUCGUGCCCAGGCGCCAGAGGGAGGAGUACGAGGAGAUCCUGGAUUCACCCAUUAAAUAGAUGACUCACAGCUCUCACAAUGCCAAGAAAUACAACCUCAAAUUCAAAAUAAGUUGGGGCACUUUGUAAAAGCCAAUUUUUUUUCUUUUUUAUCUAAUGAAUGUCA